CUCCAUCUGUACUCAGUCGUUUAGCGCAGGGGUUUGACACGUAUGCUGUUUUCCUUCUGUCCGGAUUCUGUAUAAAUGUUAGUGAAACAAAUAAAAGAUAUCGUUGCCCUUUGCUGUCGUGCUACUACUUCGUGAUCAGGCGGUGAGAGAUUUUUUUUAGACAGGAUAUAGAACAACCGGAAAAAUGAGCACCGUAGCAGAACAACCUUGCUACACUCUGAUAAACAUUCCGACCGAUACUGAGCCCUUGAACGAGCUCCAGCUAAAGCAGGAUUUGGAGAAAGGCGAUGUCCAGACAAAGAUCGAUGCACUUAAAAAAACAAUUCACAUGAUCCUGUCCGGCGAACGUUUGCCAGGACUCUUGAUGACCAUCAUCAGGUUCGUCCUGCCGCUACAGGAUCACACCAUAAAAAAGCUGUUGUUGAUAUUCUGGGAGAUUGUACCAAAAACAUCACCUGAUGGGAAAUUGCUUCAGGAAAUGAUUUUAGUCUGCGAUGCUUACAGAAAGGACUUACAGCAUCCAAAUGAAUUUGUGAGAGGCUCUACUUUAAGAUUUUUAUGCAAACUGAAGGAGCCAGAACUUUUGGAGCCUCUGAUGCCUGCGAUAACUGCAUGUCUAGAGCACAGACACUCCUAUGUCAGGCGCAAUGCAGUCUUAGCUAUUUUUACAAUUUACAGGAACUUUGAGUUUCUCAUACCGGACGCACCAGAAUUAAUAGCGAAGUAUUUGGAAGGCGAACAGGACAUGUCAUGUAGGAGGAACGCGUUUUUAAUGCUGUUGCAUGCUGACCAAAGCCGAGCACUGGCUUAUUUAGCCGCUUGUCUUGACCAAGUGCCCAGCUUUGGUGAUAUACUACAGCUGGUUAUCGUAGAAUUAAUUUAUAAGGUUUGCCUGGCGAAUCCAUCGGAGAGAGCCCGUUUUAUCAGAUGUAUUUAUAGUUUGUUGAACUCGCCAAGUGCUGCUGUUCGUUACGAAGCAGCUGGCACUCUAGUAACACUUUCCAGCGCACCUACCGCAAUUAAAGCUGCGGCUUCUUGCUACAUCGAACUGGUCGUCAAAGAAAGCGAUAACAAUGUUAAACUGAUCGUGUUAGAUCGAUUGAUCGCGAUGAAGGAGAGCCCAGCUUACGAAAGAGUCCUCCAAGAUUUAGUGAUGGAUGUACUUAGAGUUCUAGGUUCUCCGGCACUGGAAGUUCGAACGAAAACACUUGCGCUCGCAAUGGAUUUGGUAACGAGCCGUACAAUCGAAGAAAUGGUUCAACUGUUGAAGAAGGAGGUACUUAGAACGGCCGGCGGGGAGCACGAGGAUGCUGGAAAAUAUCGUCAAUUGCUCGUUAGAACGCUACACGCAUGUUCCAUCAAAUUCUCGGACGUCGCGGCUACAGUGAUACCGGUAUUAACAGAUUUCCUAUCGGAGAACAACGAGGCCGCUGCAACCGACGUCUUGGUAUUCGUUCGCGAAGCGAUUCAGCGGUUCGAGAAUCUCAGACCUCUGAUCGUCGAUAAACUGCUUGAAGUAUUCCCACACAUAAGAUCGGUGAAAGUACACAGAGCGGCGUUGUGGAUACUCGGUGAAUACGCGACGUCGAAGGAGGACAUUGAAGCUGUAUUGAAUCGCAUACGAGCUGCGUUGGGAGACUUGCCAUUGCUGGAAGCUGAGGACAAGCGUCAAACCGGUGAAAAAUCGCAGGAGGAAGGAAAUGGUCAGACUGCGCCAGCGCAAUUGGUCACAUCGGACGGCACUUACGCCACGCAGAGCGCAUUUAGCACGGCAUCUGCUCGUAAAACGGAAGAAAAACGCCCAGCGUUGGUUCAAUAUAUGAUGGAUGGAGACUUCUUCAUUGGUGCCGCGCUUGCUGCGACUUUAGCCAAACUUGCGCUACGUUACAAGGAUCUCGAGGAGGAUGUUCGAAAGAACAAUCGCAUGCAAGCGGAAGCGAUGCUCAUUAUGUCCAACGUGCUGCAGUUAGGUCGUUCUGAUCUACCUACGAGGGGGAUGACGCAUGACGACGCUGAACGUAUCUCUUUAUGCCUGAGAUCUUUGGCUUGCCCCACUUCGCUCGUGCAGAAAGUUUUCACCGAGGGUUGCCGCGAUGCUCUGGGCAGAAUGCUGACCGCGAAGGCAGAGGAGGAUUCUCAGAAUCAAAAGGCAAAGGAGAAACCAGGUAGCAUCGUUCAAGUGGACGACGCGAUACAAUUCCUGCAGCUGAGCCGCGGUUCGGACGUAACAGGCGGAGCUGGCGACGUGUUCGAACAAAGUUUGAGCGCGGCUGUUGCCGGAAGACCCGGUGCUGCCGGAGACGCGCCAGCGCCAAAUGCUUUAAGCAAGGUCACUCAAUUGACUGGUUUCUCGGACCCUGUAUACGCGGAAGCUCUGGUCCAUGUGAAUCAAUACGAUAUCGUACUCGACGUGCUAAUUGUAAAUCAGACCGAAGACACAUUGCAAAACUGCACUUUGGAACUGGCUACGAUGGGCGAUUUGAAACUCGUGGAGAGGCCGCAGCCUAUCGUGCUCGCACCUAGAGAUUUUGCUAGCAUCAAGGCGAACGUGAAAGUGGCUUCCACGGAGAAUGGAAUAAUAUUUGGAAAUAUAGUAUACGAUGUGUCUGGCGCGGGAUCUGAUAGGAGUGUGGUAGUAUUGAACGAUAUACAUAUCGAUAUAAUGGAUUACAUAGUGCCGGCAACCUGUACCGACGUAGAAUUCCGACAAAUGUGGGCAGAAUUCGAAUGGGAGAACAAAGUAUCUGUAAAUACGACAUUGUCAGAUCUGAGGGAGUAUCUCGCUCACCUGUUGAAGUCUACGAAUAUGCGUUGCCUUACUCCAGAAAAGGCCCUUUCUGGACAGUGUGGAUUCAUGGCCGCAAACAUGUACGCAAAGUCGAUAUUCGGCGAGGACGCGUUGGCGAACAUGUCGAUCGAAAAGCCGCUGAACAAACCAGAUGCUCCCGUGGUCGGGCAUAUUCGUAUCAGAGCGAAGAGCCAGGGCAUGGCACUGUCGCUAGGCGACAAAAUCAAUUCUACUCAGAAAGGUCCACAAAGCAAGGUGGUCCAGGCCGCUUAGAACGCGUAGUCCUUUGAUCUACAACUUCAUCGUAUCCUCAGUAUUCGAGCUGUUUCCGAGGGCGGAAAGAACAAGUGUAGUCGAUCGAAUUCAUCCUGAGUGAUGUGGAGAAAAGUAACGCGCAAAGAUAUCCGAACGGCGGACGCCGUUCGUCAAUUGGUCAAUCAGGAUUUCACGAAACGACUUCUUGGAACACCGCGAUGAUUGAAGUAUAUUUUAUACGAUUAUCAGUAAUGUAUUAAUUUAUGCGUUUCAAUAUGUUCUCUGUCAGCGCCGUUAGAACUACGACACCGUACGAUUGUAUCAGUAAGCGAUGGAAUAUAUACAUAAUACGAUACUUCAGCUAUACGAGCUUGUAUUUUAUUCCGUUGAAACAACGUUUCUGACACAUACACGUAUUUUUUAAGAAAUAAAGAAUGAAUACUUUACA